CACUUUGGGCUCCAGCCUUUGACCCGGCCUUCCCGCGCGGUCCUCCCGGACCUGGCUUCCCCCCGGUUCUGCGCGGGGCCCGAGUGAGAAGUUCCGGAGCCCCGCUGGCUGGGUGUCGACGCGGUCCGCCAGCCCGCCCAACCCUCCUCGGCACUGCCUCGGGAGCUACAGCUUCCCCAGAGUGUGCAGGUUUGCUUUCGAGGGGUGGCGGGCUGCGCUGCGGGAAAGGAGCGCUUGGAGGGUCAAUCCGGCCAGCCCUCGGUCUCCGGCCGCGGAGGCCGCCCUCGCCCUUGGGAACCCUUGGCCGCCCAGACAGAAGGAGAGUCGGCGCCGGAGAGCCCGUACUGCAUUUUGAUUCAUCUUGGGCCUUAUAAGAAUCCCAAGAAAAUUAAAUGGCAUCUGGAGAUUUCUGUUCCCCUGGACAAGGGAUGGAAAUACUUCAACAAGUGUGUAGCAAGCAGUUUCCUCCUUGUAACCUGAGGGAAGAGGACCUGUUACAGAACCCCUAUUUCAGUAAGCUGCUGCUGAGUCUCUCACAGCAUAUGGAUGAGAGUGGCUUAAGUCUCCUCCUGGCAAAAGAGCAGGCUCAGGCAUGGAAGGAAAUUCGACUGCAUAAGACAACAUGGUUGAGGUCUGAGAUUUUACAGAGAAUCAUUCAAGAGCUGCUUGUGGACUACUAUGUGAAGACACAAGACACAAAUUUAACAUCUGAGGACAAAAAGUUUCAUGAGACCCUUGAACAGCGGCUCCUUGUGACUGAACUGACACACCUCUUAGGUCCUAGCCAGGAGAAGGAGAUACCUCCAUUGCUAGGGCUGGAGAAGGCAGACCUUCUGGAGCUCAUGCCACCGUCAGAGGAUUUUGUGCAGAUGAAAGCUCGUCUCCAGCUGGAAGUGGAGGAACAGCUCAAGAGGAAAUGUUUCACUCUACUCUGCUACCAUGACCCCAACUCAGAUGCUGACAGUGAAACCCUGAAGGCAGCAAAGGUAUGGAAACUGGCAGAGGUCCUAGUGGGUGAGAAGCAGCAGUGCCAGGAUGCUAAGAACCAGCAGAAAGAGCAGCUGGUACUGUUGGAGAAAAAGAGUGCCACCUACUCUCAGGUACUUCUCCGCUGCCUUGCUUUGCUGCAGAGGCUUCUUCAAGAGCACCGACUGAAGACUCAGUCUGAGCUAGACCGCAUCAAUGCCCAGUACCUGGAAAUCAAGUGCAGUGCCAUGAUCCUUAAGCUGAGGAUGGAGGAGCUAAAGAUUUUGUCUGACACUUACACUGCUGAGAAAGUGGAAGUUCAUCGUCUCAUUAGGAAUGGGUACUAACAACCAACAGAACCACCAGUUUGACAUCAGAAGUGAGCUGCCAGAGGCACAGAUGGUCCAUAACCCAGAUAAUUAGCAUCUGAAGAAGAAACAACAUGUAAUAAGUCUUCUAUGAAUGUAGAAUUGGGUUGGGCAAAACUGCAGCAAACAAGCAUCAAGCCUCCUCAUCAACUCCUUUUGACUUGUUAACAUGUCCAUAGAGCACUCAUCCACUUCCUGUGGGCAACUACCUACUGGAAAGACCUUCAGGAAAGAAUUCCAAAUAUAUUCUGUAGACACUCCACCCUAAAGGAGAGGACCAUAACUCCCCUUUCCUUAGAUACGGGACAUACAUAGUAACUUCCUUCCAAAGACUACAGUAUGGAAAGUUGGGGUUAGGCAAGUGGGAAGGAGAGAACCACUUUGCAGUGGAGAAAGCUGACAAACUCUACUUUUGCCAGGUGAUAAAAGUUAACAUCAACAGUCAUAAAUCAUGGUGAUUACUAUCCAAGUACUCUUGAUAUGAUGUAACGAAAAUGGCAUUUUACCUCUCUGAUCUUCCUUCCUAAAAACAGACAACCCUAGUCUAAUCAUGAGAAAAACAUAAAAUAAACUACGAAAGAGGGGCAUCUUACAAUAUACCUCACCAGUACUCAU